AUGAAUAGCUUCGUACAACAAUCUCAAUCCGCGUCAAUGUAUUGCAGCCCAUCCCCGAGACUCGUCGUUGGCAUUGACUAUGGAACAUCAGGCACUGGAGUCACCAUCCACCUAGUUGAAGGUAACAAUGUCGCUCCUGGAAAGCGCAUAGAAUGGCCCCUCGGCGACAAGGAGCGGAAAGUGCCAUCCAGGAUAGCAUACCCUGCCGAUAAUCCAUCUUUCACCAUGCUUUCUCCCUGCUGGGGCUUUGACAUAGAGCCUGACAUGAGGGCAUACUCGUUUACCAAGCUAUUUCUGGAUAGCAACGCAGAGUUAGCCCAGUUUGAUGACGAGGUUCUGCAACAAACUGUCUCUCUUGGUAAUCCUCACCAAGCUCUCCACCCUGACAAGAACAAAGCCCCCGUGGAUAUUGUUGCCGACUACCUAUCUCAUGUGUUGAAAUUUGUGUGGAAGACAAUUCAAAAUGAUUCAGAUCAGUCACUCAAACAUCUGCCUGUCAACCUUCGAUUCACCAUUCCUGCAACAUGGUCUGAUCGGGGCCAAGAUCUGAGCAGGCAGGCCGUGAUUCGGGCGUGGAAUUUCAAGAGACCCCAAGAUACGCUUACGCUGAUGCAUGAGCCUGAAGCGGCCGCAGAAAGUGUACAUGCCGAACUCAAGUAUCAAGAUGUGCUACGGGCUGGAGACGGGAUUUUGGUCUGCGACUGUGGCAGUGGGACAGUUGAUAUCACGUCGUACCUUGUUAUGGAUAGUACCGGUUCUAAAUUAUCGAGGAUAACUGCGAUGCAAGGGGCAAAGUGUGGAGGCGCAGCUAUUGACAGUCGACUCUUUGAUCUUUUGAAAAGGCGACUUCCCCAGCAAGCCUUCGAUCACCUGAACUAUCUUAUCGCCCCAGGAAGCGUCUUUAUGACUGAGUUCGAACGAGUCAAAAGGGUGUUUUCAGGUAACGAAGAAGAAAUGUCUUUCAAUUUACCACUCGAUAUCAGAAUAGGUCGGUCGGCUUGCACAAUGCCAUACUUUGAUCAGGACACGGGCGAAUUUAUCCUUACAGUCGAAGACAUUCAGUUACUGUUUGACCAAGUCAUCCGCAACAUCAUUGGUCUGGUCCGCUCACAGAUUAUAGCUGCAUACAGAGCAUACGGUGACUCAGUGGUCAACAAAAUUGUCCUUGUGGGAGGGCUAGCAUCAUCACCUUACCUUCAACGUGCACUUCGUCAAUGUUUCGAAGUCCCAGGAUUGUCCGUCACUGUUAAAAAAUAUGAACCUAUUAUGGCUGUUUCUGAUGGGUCGGCACUUGCAGCCUCACGCGAAUUAGAGGCCGGAAGCCCUCGGGUGAGAAGUCCUCGCCAUUAUGGAUUUGGAUCCCCUUCAUGCCGAGAGAAGAUAGAAUGGACAAUCGUCGAGGGCAAGCAAUACCAACAAGGAGUCACCUAUACCCAUACACCCCAAUGGUCAUAUCAGCUGUACCAGGAGGGCGAUUUCAAGGCGAUGACGAUCCCAGUCUAUUCUUGCGGACUACCAAAUCCACCAGACGGCGCGCACGUUGCUCGAUUAAACGAUGUAACACUUGUGGGGUUAAUUGUCGCUGACUUAUCCUCUCUGGAUCUUGGAGGUCUCGGUCCUGAACUGGAUGCGCAUGGGCGGAUGCUCUAUAGGCUAGAUUAUCUUGUCAGGUACAUUUUUGACGCGGAAAACAGAGCCUUGCACUGUACCGUGCAGGCACUUGGAAAGGUAAUUGGAACAUUGAGCCUUCAACUGCGCUUUUGA